CUAUGAAGCAAUCGCACACAGGAAAGAAAGGUGGGUCAGAGAGGGAAAGAGAGCGAGAGCGAGAAUUUUAAUCGUCGCACGGCUCUCCUUCUUUCUCUGUCUCUCGCUAGAUCUCGCACACCAAAAAGCAGCAUCAGGAUGCCCUCAAUGGCUGCCAUGAAUGAAACACAAAAGGUGGAAAAACUUGCAAACAGCCCGAGCAGCUUUUGGCAGGCAGAGGCAGUCCGAGGAGUCCAGAUUACUGCUACCCUGCUCAUUUUCCUGGUGGGCGUACCUUUAAACGUGCUGGUGGUUUGGGCGCUCGGACAACGGCAACGCCGUCUCAUCCGCAGAGGCAGCAAGGAAGAGACUCGCGCCGCCAGCAGUUUCCGAACCUACGUCCUCAACCUGGCGCUGGCGGACUUGGUGCUGAUCCUGCGGACGCCCCUCAUGUUGGGAUACCUGGCUCACAACAACAGUUGGCCGUUCGGUUUGGCCUUAUGCCGGCUGGUCAUGUUCCUGCGAGGCUUGGGUUUGUACAUGUCGGACCCGGGGCUGUUCGUCACCGAGACGGUAGCGGGUUUCAUCUUGCCCCUGCUGGUGUUUUUGGGAAGCAAUUUGGCCAUCUUGCUGACGAUUCGGCAAUCCGUGCCCGUUAGCCCAACCGUUUCGUCCCCGUCGGCUUCACGCAGGAUGUCCAGGAUGUACCAGGUGCUCUUUUUGACCAUGCUGCUCUUUCUCAUAUGCUGGGUGCCCUACUUUGUGUGCCGAUUCCUGCGGGCCCUGGCCGAAGGACGACCGGAUGCGGCCGCACUUUAUAAGAGCGCGUCUUACGGAACGUACAUCUCUCUGUACCUCGUGUACACCAAGAGCGCCCUCAACCCCGUCCUCUACGUAUUCGCCGCCCGAGGCCUCGGCCGUGCCGUCCGAGCUUCGGUCACCUCCACCAUCGAACGACUCUUUAACGAUGACUCCACAGAGUCCAUUCGCAAAAGAUCACUCAAAAACUCGCAGAUUUAGCAAGCGGACUCAAAGCAAACGCAACUCACACUAUUUGUUUCAUUGAUCGGAAUCGAUCCAGUCGCAAUGUGAUAUUGACUGUUUCUCAGCAUCUGGCUCAAUUCUAUUCACGUUAAAAGGUUCGAGUGGGGACCGAGACGCAUUUAGGUGAGGUCGGUCUUGUUGAUAAUUGCACUACUGUUUACAAAGAUCACAUUCAUUGUCAUUUACUGGGGGGG